UAUAUUGGCAGUUAUACACUCACCCAAACCAUGGCGACGUUCCUUGAGAAUUCGUACAGUUUGGUCCACCAGGACAACGCUGCCGAUGUUCCCUCCCAAAAUGAGCUCAAGACAGCUUUGGAGAAGGGCAACGAUGAGCAGAAGAUUGAAACUAUGAAACGGAUCCUCUCCAUAAUGCUCAAUGGCGAUCCUCAAGCGGGACUCCUUAUGCACACCAUUCGAUUCGUCAUGCCCUCCAAAUCGAAGCCACUGAAGAAACUCUUCUACCUCUUCCUCGAAGUUUGCCCUAAAUACGAUGCGCAAGGGAAAUUACGGCAGGAAUGGAUAUUGGUGUGCAAUGCUAUUCGUUUUGAUUUGCAAGCUCCAAAUGAAUACGUCCGAGGAAACACGCUGCGCUUCGUAACAAAAUUGCGUGAUGCUGAACUCGUGGAACCUCUUCUGCAACCCGUACGCCAAUGUAUGACGCACAGGCAUGCAUACGUGCGCAAAAACGCUACCUUCGCAAUCGCGUCUAUCUUCACACAUCUCCCCGAACUUCUACCCGAUGCCCCUGAUCUUCUAGUCAGCUUCUUGGACGACGAAAACGAUGCGACCUGCAAGCGCAACGCUUUCGCCGCGUUGGUAUCCAUCAGCCACGAGAAAGCUCUCGAGUACUUGAGCACUGUUUUCGAUUCCAUCCCCAAUCACGACGAGCUGGUGCUUCUAGCCGAGUUAGAGUUUAUUCGUAAGGACGCCGUUGUCAAUCCGCAAAACAAGGCACGAUAUCUUCGAUUGAUCUUCGACCUAUUGGAGUCCAAUGUAUCUACUGUCAUUUACGAAGCCGCACAUGCUCUUACCACGUUGACCAGCAAUGCUGUUGCUGUGAAAGCCGCCGCCGGUAAAUUUGUCGAACUGGCCAUCAAAGAACCCGACAACAACGUGAAGCUCAUCGUUCUCGAGCGCGUGGAUCAGUUACGCGAGAAGAACGAAGGUGUUUUGGAUGAUUUGACUAUGGAAAUCCUCCGUGUUCUUUCUAGCCCUGACCUCGAUGUCCGGAAGAAAGCGCUUAAGAUUGCCCUCGAGAUGGUCACGAGCCGCAACGUUGAAGAGGUGGUUUUGUUGCUCAAGAAAGAACUCAUGAAGACGGUCGACGAACAAUAUGAGAAGAACUCUGAAUACCGAUCGCUCCUAAUUUCCAACAUUCACCAAUCUGCUAUCAAGUUUCCGGAGGUUGCCGCAAGCGUGGUUGGCUCACUCAUGGACUUUAUCUCCGAUGUCAGCAGUAAUGCUUCUGCAGUCGAUGUAAUCUCGUUUGUGAAGGAAGUUGUGGAGCGUUUCCCAGAUCUUAGGGCCUCUAUUGUUGAGCGGCUUGUUACCACUUUGGCCGAGGUUCGCGCUGGCAAAGUGUACCGUGGUGUGUUAUGGAUCAUUGGCGAAUUUUCGCUUGAAGCGAAGGAUAUUCGGGAUGCCUGGAAAGGAAUCCGUUCUUCUCUCGGAGAAAUUCCUAUACUGGCUUCCGAGCAACGACUGCUUGAUGAUGCCUCGGAAGGCAAGGAGCCAGAACAGGUCAACGGACACGCCAAAUCUGCUCCCUCGGGAUCGCGAAAAGUCCUCGCUGACGGAACGUAUGCUACUGAAAGCGCUUUGACCUCAUCAGCGGCAGCAAAAGCGAAGCUUGAAGCUGUGAAGAACUCCCAGAAGCCACCACUACGACAGCUCAUUCUCGAUGGCGAUUACUACCUUGCUGCGGUCUUGUCGAGCACACUGACGAAGUUGGUCAUGCGACACUCUGAAAUCUCGAAGGACACUGCACGUACCAAUGCCCUGAAAGCUGAGGCCAUGCUCAUCAUGAUUUCUAUUAUUCGCGUUGGUCAGUCGCAAUUCGUCAAAACGUUCAUCGACGAGGACUCUGUUGACCGCAUCAUGUCUUGUGUGCGAUCCCUAUCCGAAUUCUCUCAAAGGAAAGAGCUGGAGACCGUCUUCUUGGAAGAUACACGAAAAUCAUUCAGAACAAUGGUCCAGGCCGAGGAGAAGAAGCGAGCAGCCAAGGAAGCAUCUGAAAGAGCCAAGUCUGCUAUCAACGUGGACGACUCAUUUUCAAUACGACAGCUGAAGAAGAAGGAUGCGGAUGGCGCGGAUGAGAUAGAGCAGGACUUGGAGCGCGCAACUGGUGGAGACACCGCAACUGAAGAUCUCAGCUCCAAGCUCAGCCGUGUUGUACAGCUUACAGGUUUCUCAGACCCUGUCUAUUCCGAAGCCUACGUCAAGGUCCAUCAAUUCGACAUUGUGUUGGAUGUUCUGCUAGUGAAUCAGACAACAGAGACUCUACAGAACCUGACUGUCGAAUUUGCGACAUUGGGUGAUCUGAAGGUUGUCGAGAGACCUCCGACGCAGAACGUUGGUCCUCACGACUUUAUAAACCUGCAAGCCACCAUCAAAGUAUCCUCCACCGACACUGGUGUCAUCUUUGGUAACAUCCUUUACGAGGGUGAGAAGGGCGUUGAUUCUAAUGUCGUGAUCUUAAACGAUGUUCAUGUGGACAUUAUGGACUACAUCAAACCGGCGCAGUGCACAGAAACGCAAUUCCGGACCAUGUGGACCGAAUUUGAAUGGGAAAACAAGGUCAAUAUUAAUUCCAAGGCCAAGUCAUUACGCGAGUUCCUGAAGCAGCUCAUGGCUUGCACGAACAUGAGUUGUCUUACUCCCGAAGCUUCCAUGAAAGGCGAUUGUCAGUUCUUGUCGGCCAAUCUGUAUGCCAGGAGUGUGUUUGGUGAGGACGCUCUGGCCAAUCUGAGUAUCGAAAAAGAAGGCGAGGACGGGCCUAUUACAGGGUUUGUCCGCAUUAGGAGUCGAUCACAAGGGCUGGCCUUGAGCUUGGGUUCAUUGAAGGGGUUGAACGGCGUGAAAUGA